AUGUGGGUAACUGAAGUAGUGUGUGUCGUGCUAGGGUGGGUGGUCGUAGCUUUAGGGCAGUGGGUGUACAGAUGGAGGAACCCAAAAUGCGAUAAGGGCACUCUGCCUCCUGGUUCCAUGGGCCUGCCCUUCAUCGGCGAGACGUUUCAGCUCUUCAGCCGCAGCAAAUCGUUCGACGUCCCACUUUUCCUCAGCUCCAGAAUCCAAAAGUGA